GACCAUACAAUUAAUACUAGCGGACGAAGCGUGUCAAAACGUGAAUGAUUCUCCGGCGCGGUCAUCGGGAAUAUUUUUUCCUUCCAGUUCGCUUCUCACCAGGAUGGUGAGGAGAUUCGAAUGGAGUCAAAAUCGAUUCGUGGAUAAUUCGACACUCCUUGAUACGGCCCUAGAAAACCGUUCUUCGAGGGAUACAAAAUUUCCAGUCUUGCCUGUGGUACUAACAGUCGCUCUUGGCUUGCUCAGUGUGAUUCUUCUUGUCACGCUGUACCUCGUCAGAAGACAGCGCAGAAAGGCCGAAAAAUAUAAACAAUACUCCCAGAUAGCGAAAACCGCUGUUCAACCACCGGAAUUUACUGUCAAAACGGCUCAACAGCCCCACGCGCCGAAGAAAAAGUUGCUACGUCGACUGCCUGAGAAAAUACUGUCGUCCGAAGAGUCGUUAUCGCCGAUGUCAAGCGAAGAAAUGUUCUACGACGCACAAGAGCGACUGGAAGGGCGAGCAUCGAGAUCGGUUUCUAGUCGCGAGCCAAGCCCGGCAAGCGCGCUUGAGGAGGAUGAGGACGUCGAAGAAGAGCCCUAUCCCUUAGACCAUCUCGGACGCAUUUGGUUCAACUUGGAAUACGACAGCUCAGCGGAAAGUCUAGCGGUGACUUUGGUAAAGGCGCGAAACCUUUCGCCUCGCAGCAAAACUGCGAUAACGUGCGAUCCGUUCGUAAAACUACACAUUUUGUGCCCAGAAGAGAAAAACGUCUCACAGAGCAAAUGCAAAAGGAAAACGCGCCGACCAAACUUUGAUGAAAUGUUCUAUUUUAAUCUGCCUGUUUCGGAGCUCAAGAGGUGUACACUUCGUUUGUCCGUAUAUGACGGGUAUAGAGCGAGCCAGCAGACUGUGGUAGGAGAGGUGCUGUUUCCUUUGAAUGAGUUGGAUACAUAUCAGAAAGUCGAAUUGUGGAGAGAUCUUGUGGCUAUUGAAGAGAGCCCGUCUGAACUUGGCGAAAUCCACAUUUCCAUGUCCUACUACCCCACCCUGGACAGACUUACAAUUAUCGUUCUUAGAGCUGCCAACCUAAAGAAAAUGGAACCCCACGGGACAGAUUCAUAUGCCAAAGUGACGUUCUCAAUUGGUAACAAAAUAAUCAAGACGAAGAAAAGUACAGUCCAUCAUGCAACGCGCGAUCCACUGUACAACGAAUCUUUUAACUUCACAGUGUCCGGGGAUGACCUGGGCUCUGGUACUCUUCUUGUUUCAAUUAUGCACUCCAGAGAAGGGGGCAAGGAAGACCAGUUAAUCGGUAGGGUCCUGCUGGGAGGAAUGAUGUACGCCAGGGGGACUGAGUGCGAACACUGGACUGAAAUGAUGACGAAUCCGCGAAAUAUGAUCAAAUACUGGCAUACGUUGACAGGUUAAAUAAGGAAAUAUGGCAAUUAUUUUUAAGUAUAAUUUGACUUGUUACCCGUUUUGCUCAUAGGUAGCAAUAUCUCUAUUAUAAAACUAAGUACCGGUUAAGAAAGCUACGAGAAACAUGUCUUACAUGUGUAUUUUUAUUUACUCCAUAAAUGUAAUUUUAUUUUUUUGACUCGAAAAAGUACUAACCGAAAAAAUGUAACUUAAGAAACUUAUUUACCGACGAGACGUAAAAAAGCGGAAUCCAAAUCAAAUAAAGUUGAAUAAUUCUUUGUAACAAGCA